CUAGCACUGAAUGCUACAAUGGCUCAGAAGUUUACGAAAGAAUUUAUUCGAGAGCGCCUGGAGCACAACCAAGUCGACCUUGCAAUGUGUCAGCUAACUACAGUUCCAGUUAGAGAGUUGGCUGCUUUUGCUCAAAUCACGAUUGUAGACUUGUCUUGCAACUUGCUGACGCAACUUCCGGAUAAUUUUUGCACUCUCCGUCAGCUGGCACAACUAGAUCUUGGAAAGAACAAACUCACAUCGCUGCCUGAUGCUUUUGGAAACCUCAGUCAACUACAGAAGUUGGAUCUAUAUGGCAACCAACUGACGACUCUUCCUGUGACCUUUUCUCAGUUGAAGCAGUUAAAAUGGUUGGAUGUGAAGCAUAACCCGCUGGAGGAAGAGAUUCUGGAAGCUGCAGGGUCAUGUGCGGAUGAUCGCGAAUGCAGACAAUGUGCAAAGGAGGUCAUAGCCCUGAUGAAACAACGUUCUUCUGACAUCGAGAGGAGAAGACAGGAGAGACUCAGAGCAGAACAAGAGCAGAGAGUCGCAGUGCGAGCGGAAGAAGAACGAAAACAGGAGGAGAUGAAGCUUCGUAAGGCACAAGAGAAGCAGAAACGAAGAGAACAAUAUAUGGCACAACAAGCGGCUAAGGAGGCGACACAGCUUACCAGGAGACCACAGAAAGAAGGCACAAACAAGCAAGUAAAAGAAGUAGAAGAAAAACCGGAUGUGAAGCAGCGAACGGGUAUUUCAACGAGUUGUGCUCUGCUGAUUGCAUUGGUUUUCAUCGUAGCUCUUAUAGUCGGAUUGUUCAUCUAUUGUCAAGAUGGUAGUAACUGCAGAGGACUGAGUAGAAACGUAAUGGCAUUAUUCCACAAGAACUGAUCUACAUUUGUGUGGACACAAUCAGAUGUUGUAUUAUCUGAUUUAAGAGGGAAAAGAGACAGUGAUCAGUGAAAUGAUGUGUUUGUGUAUGC